AUUUAAGUGGCUUCUAUACUUGCAGGGUUUCCAUCUUCUUUGCUCAGUCCUUCCAUGGUUGGCAUGUGUCCCAUCAGCCACUGCACCUGAAAUUUUAGUCUCACACGACGUGGUUGGGACAGCUCCUUCAGCUCUCUCCAGGGACUCAGCAGUAGCUGCAUACCAGGACUGUGGAAACCACAACGCCUGGUUCAGAUAACCAUGGAAACCAUAAAACUGAUGGAUUCUAAUUGUGUUUUCUAGAAUCAAAUGUACCAUGAUGAAAUAUGACGGUUCAGAUGACAUGAUGCGAGAAACCACUGUGGUUUGUUGCGUCAUCUGAACCCACCCCUUGUCUGACUCACAUUCCAUAUCAUCUUGAGGUGCCUCUGCAGAGGUGUCAGGCUUACCUCUUCCACAAAGGGCAUGCCAGUCCAAAUUUGGUGUAAUGAUAGACAACCUCAUGAAGAAAAUAAGGCUUCUUGAAGUUUCCAUCACAAUUAGCCGCUGAGCAAUGGGCAAGCACAUGACUUACCAGAUCACAGCCUUCCCUGGUAUCCUCAGUAGGACCACAUUUCUAUUUCAUUUACAGUAAUUAUGUCAAAAUUGCGUGUGUGUGUGUGUGUGUGUGUGUGUGUACAUUUUAUAAACCUGCACCCUCUUCAUAUCCCUGUUUUCAUGGUGCAUUUGCCCUGUAGGGAACAAUGGAUAAGCAGGCACCUGAGGCUGGAGUUUCUAAAGAAAGAGUGCAAGAAAGACAGGGAGGCUCCUAGUUCAUAUGGUCAGCAGCUAACAUGUAAAGCUGCUAAAGCUUGGAUUUAAAAAGGAUUAAAAAAGAAAUCACAGCCCUGUCUGAGCCGCUGAAGUAGGCCACAGAGCUGCAUAACAGUAUGGCCCUUUUGCUUCUAUUGAACUGACAAAGUCUAGCCAAGUUUAGUCAGGGUUUAGCCUCGUAGUUUCCCUAUUUCUGGUUUAGUCAUCCUCCCUGUUACUGCAUCACUGAAUUUACCCUGUUGACCCAAACAAUUGUACAGUUUCUGGUAAGCAGGAGUUGUCCCAAAUUCUGCCCCCAAAGCUCUCCUGCUUUGUUCAAGGUAGAUUUUUCCAUACUUCAUAGUCAGGAAAACAUCUUUUCUCAGGCACAUUCUCAGGCCUGGUCUAUCCUGCAGCAUGUGGUAAACAGAUGAACCGCACCACUUCAGUGUUCAGGCAUAAAAUAUCAUUUAUUAAUUCUCUCCUCUGCAUACAAAAUAAUAACUGGAAAAAGAAAACUCAUAUAGUUGGAAAGGGCUUUAUCAAUUCUAAAAUUUAGCUUUAAUGUGGGACUUUUUUCUGAGUCUCCCACCUGUGCUUUAAAAUGGUACAGUCUGUUUCACUAUCCUUACCUGUUCCCAAUGUGAAAGUUGUGGCUUUAAUCCCAGCCUGGUGUCCACAUGAACUUGAAAUGCGCUUUUCCCUGUGCUUGCAUGGGACGGGUGAAUGUGCAGCAGUUUGCCAGUGCGAGCAGCCUUCCUGCCCUUUCCCUCAGCCCCUCAGGCAUGGUGGGGAACACUAACACUGGGAAAUGACACACAAGGCUUUUAUCAUGGGGUUGCCCACCCUUGUGCAUGGAAUUCAUCAUGGUCUGGACUUGUCAUCUUUGACUUGUAAGCCUGCUUCAUUUCCCAGCGUAUUUUCCAAAUGCACCAAGUCUUUUGACGGGGAGUGCUAAGAGCCUUCCCUCUAUUUGCAUCUGGAGAUUGCCCUCCUUCCAAGUAAGUUGGCUACUUGCACAUCACCAAAAGAACGGGCAAAAGAGGACAGUGAUUUGCACAAAAUUUGCUAUUUUCUCAUGGUAGAGUGAGACCUUUUAGAAGUGGGGUGACCACUCAGGCAUUGCAAAAAAAAAAAAAACAAUGCUUAAAAUAAUUUCAGGUAAAUAAUCUAUCAAUAACUUUCCACUGAGAACCCCACAGUUUCCUUUGGAUACAGUUUGAACACCACUUGCCAGCCACACUUUUAACAUUAACCACUAAAGUUGGCAUUCCAUGCCAGUGAUAGUUUUUUCAAUUGUAUGAAAUCUUGACACCACAGAUGUGGUCUAACUUGCUUUCUGGAUGUGACUCUCGCGUACCAGUAUUCAUUCAAUUGGAAGUUGUUCUUAGGCAUUGUUUCAAUAUAGUAAAACAAUGAAAUCUGACUCAUGUUUCUUUGGUCACCCAUAACUUGUGGACCUGGAGAAAGUACACAAGUUUGGCUUCCCCUUCUCCUCUUCCAUCUAUGGGGAUUACCCAGCACUUUCUGGAUCCAGCCAAGUCAAUAAACUCCAGAGCACUUCUCGUAAGUUCCCAUCAGACUCAGCCUACCUCUGGCACAGCUUCUGUUUGCUGUCCUGCUAAUAUAUAACAAAACAAAGGAUUAAAAGCCUACUGUUUCAAGACUAUCUUUUCUAGCACUGAUACCUAGAAAAGCACCAUGUCUACAUUCUUGCCUCUUAUAGGGGUGUUCCUAAUUUUUGGCUUUGCUUCAGCAGGGAAGGCAAGGGUGACAAGAGAACCUGCUGCACCAGAACCCAUCGACUGCUGGCUGAGCACCUGGAGUGAAUGGGGGCCAUGCAAUCCCUGCACCAAAGAAAGUUAUCGCUCGAGGAGUGUCCUGCGGUAUGGGCAGUUUGGAGGGAGGCCAUGCUUGGAAUCUCUGGGAGACAGAAAGAGGUGUGUGCCAGACUCACCCUGCCCUGACGAGCAAAGCGAUUGCGGCAAUGACUUCACCUGUGACAAUGGACAUUGCAUAAAGAAAAGGCUGCUUUGUAAUACUGAAGAUGACUGUGGUGACAUGUCUGAUGAAGCAGAAUGUGAAGACAUGAACCUAGCUCCCUGUCGUGACCGCAUCAUUGAUGUGUCAGAGAUAGGAAGAACAGCAGGUCGUGGUCUCAACAUUCUAGGUUUGGAACCAAGGGAAAGCCCAUUUUUCAAUGAGUUUUACAACGGAAUGUGCGACAGAGUCCGUGAUGGGAAUAGUGGCAUAUAUUUUCGCAAGCCAUGGAAUGUUGCCGUGCUCAAUUAUGAUACAAAAGGAGACAAAAGAUUCACAGAACAGUACUAUGAUGACCAGGUAACAACAAUGGAAAAGAUGUUCAGCUUCAAAGAAAAAACUUUCAACGUAGACUUAUCUCUAAAACUGAUUGCCACCGAGCCACAAGGUUCAUCUGCACCAGCUGAGACCCAGGCUGAACAAUCACCUUCAGAGACCCAGGCUGAACAAUCACCUUCAGAGACCCAGGAUGAAGCAAAACAAGCUUCUGGGACAGGAGAUACAGCUGCAUCACCUCCUAAGUCAAAGCACGAUGCGCAUCUCACCUUCAAUUUCAAAUCAAGCAAAACUAGCAAUAUCUCUACCUUCUUGAGAGAGACUAAAGGCAAGAAUUACCGAUUUCUCCACGUGAAAGCAAACCUUGAGCUGGGAACAUUUAUCAUGAGAAGACGUGAUCUUCGCCUCACUGAAACAUUCCUUGACGAUUUAAAAAAUCUGCCCAGUCAAUAUGAGAAAGGAGAAUAUUUUUCAUUUCUGGAAACUCAUGGAACGCACUAUGCACAGAAGGGAACAGUUGGAGGAAAAUAUGAGCUCAUUUAUAUACUGGACAAUGAAACAAUGACAAGGGAAGGAGUCUCCGUUUCAGAUGUAAAGGACUGUCUGGGUUAUAAUUUGGACACUGGUAUAAAUAUGGGGGUUCUGGAUGCAAGUUUUACAGCUGGAGGUCGUGACUGUAAAAACAACACAAUUGUAAAAGCCUUUUCUUCAUCCCACAAGCCAAUAAUUACUGAUGUGAUUUCUCUAGUCCAAGGAGGAAAGACCAUUGCUUUAGCUAGGCUGAAGGAAAUGCUGUCAAGAGGCGGGAAAGUGGUUGAUGUAGAAGAUUAUGUGCAGUGGGCUGCCACACUCCCCGACAAUCCCACUGUGAUCAAACAAGAAACCACUCCAAUCUCUGCUCUCGUUCCACUGAAUAUGCUUGAUGCUGACAUCAAGAAACAAAACCUGGACCAAGCAGUGGAGGACUACGUGGCCGAAUACAACGUGUGCAAAUGCAAGCCCUGUCUAAAUGGCGGGACUGCGCUUCUGGUGAAUGGAAGAUGUGAAUGCGGAUGCUCGUCCUACUUCAAGGGAGAAGCCUGCGAGAUUCCCACAUCAACUAUUAAAGCAGGUCAGGUAGCCAUUGAUGGGGGUUGGAGCUGCUGGUCUAGUUGGUCUUCCUGUGAACAGGGACAACGUCUUCGAACAAGAACGUGCAACAACCCUGAAGCAAGUGGGGGCAAACCAUGUGCUGGAGCACACUCUGAACCAGGCUACUGCUGACAGAAAGCAUCUGCAAAAGACCAGGAAAGGUUGUUGAACAUUCUGUCUGUGCAUCUUUUGGCAGGUGCCUCAUGGGAAAGUAGCACAGCCUGAAUUGUCCUUUGAUGUAUACAUUCUGUUUCCUGCUCUCAAAGAGAUUUAAAAGAUAAGCCAGCCGAUCGCUGAAUCGCAAAGCUCUAGUUAUUGUUAACUUUAAAAAAAAGAGUUGACAAUAAAUUUAAGUUGAUGAAUUGCUGGGUUUGA